AUGGAAGUUUUUGUUUCAAAUAAAAUAGAUAGAAUAAUUGCGCAUCUCAAAAAAUGUAUACAUUGUACGGAACAAACAACACCUGAGGAGAGAGAAAAAGUUUUUAACUUAUCCAAUGAUGAACAAUCAACUUCUGGAUUGUGGACUCUUAGUAGACCAACUUUAGAGGUAGCAGUUUCUGAAUAUGAUAGAGAAAUGUUUGAAGCUCUUCAAAAAGAUUCAAUUGGUGUUACUUUAAUGUUUGAUGGGUGGACAAAUGUCAAUAAUAAACAAUUAAUGGGUAUAAUGUUAGUAACUUUAGUGGGGAAACCCUAUAUUUGGAAGGUGAUGAAUAUUAGUAUAGAGAGAGAAAGAUAUACUAAAGUAAUAGAAAAAACAGAAGAAAUGAUUGAUGAGUUAAAAAAAAUAAAUGUAAAGAUCAUUGCAAUUGUAACAGAUAGUGUAGGGCCAUACGCUGCAACUAGAUUAAGGCCUAUUCACAGAAAUAUUGUAUUCUUGUUCUGUUAUGUCCACCAAUUAAACCUAUGCAUAGGUGAAGUUUUUAAGGAAUCAACUGAUUUAAAAAGCACAAUAGAUAAAGUGAUUCAGCUAGGCAU